UUAACACAAAACAUAAUAACAAAAUAUUACAAAAUUACCCAAAUAUAAAAACCACAUUAAAAUAUAUACAUACCUACACACAAAGUACUCACAGCGACUGUCGACAAUUACAACAACAACACUAUCCAUAUUAUCAACACUCAUCAUAGCGGGAAGACGACAAAAAGAGGAAUCGACAACACAAGCAAUUUUUUUAUUUUUAUAUUGUGGUUUGUACCCUACCCUCAGGAAAAAAGAAUAUGGCACCCAACAACAACAAUCGCAAAGGACGUACCAACCGUCCCAGCCGCAAUGGAUCUCGGUCCAAACCCAAUCGCAAAAACGAUAAGCGUCAACCAAAACGCCAUUUUGUUUGGCGAGGAACCAUCUCAUUGGCGGUUGCACCAAUUACAACAUCCAUUACGAAAACCUUCGUACCGGCUGUAGUUGUCCAGAUGAUCAUGGAAAGCGGAAACCGGAUAGCAAGGGCCAUAUUAAACCCCAGCCUAACAAAGUCCCGAAUUGCAACCGUGUUAGUACGAGACACCAGUUUGAAACCCUUCACAAUCGACAACGAGGUUUUCGUCAAAGUGUUAAUUGGACCAAAUCUAACAUCAAACGUUAGAUACGAGGUUUGUAUGGAAGUUGUUAAAGAUCUUCCAAAAACCCUUUACCCAAACCCAAUGGACGAAGCCAUUAAAAACAAAGUUUGUCGUAUCUCACUUGCUGACCCCGAAUUUUAUUCGAACAAACCUGUCUCUAUGGAGAUUGGAGGAGAUUUAUACACCAGCAUUCUUCAGCCCAAUGUAAUCCACAUCGACGGGGGCUCACUUAUAGCUCAGGAUUCUACUCUUGGCUGGUUGGUCAUGGGAUCCUCUACCCAAUAAACCCGCACACAAUGAAGUAUUUUACAUGCAUAAUUUACCCUAUUACCCUACACAAUUUUUAUUGAAUAAAUAAAAAUAAUUGUCCUUUUCUCUUCACAGUUUGCCAGGCCCGGGAGGAUGU